AAAUUAUAGAGUAUAGGAUAAUAUAAUUUUUUCUCUCCCACGCGCCAUCCGUCUCAUCACCGUUCUUCCAUGGCCAAACGCCCUUGCUUUUCCGAUCAUUCCCCUAGGGUUUCAAAGCGUGAUUACUAUCACUUAAAUAUCGAUUCGCUAUUGGAGUCCUUGCUUGCUGUCUCCGAUUCCGCUUUAAUCGAGGCCUCAUUCGAUGGCCUCGUUGAAUCUAGGUCCGCCUAUUCCGAUCAAAACGAAUUUAUACAACGUGCUCUCCAUAUCGGAUCCGUCCUGCUCGAAGCUGGCAGGAGAUCCGUUCGUAAACUCUAUUCCGUCCAUAAUGCAUCCUUCUGGCCUCUCCCCUCCUGACCUCACAAUCAAGGUUUUUUCUAUGCUUGAUACUCCAAGCGUUUGCUCUGCCUCGGCUACAUGUUUAUUUUUUCAGAAUUGUGCCAAAGAUCCUAUGUGUUUUGCUAAUAUUGACUUGGCUAUCCCCAAGGUCAACGUUGGUGUGGUAACUACAAUGAUUCAACGAGCUAGAAAUGCGCUUCAGUCUAUUAAGCUUGUUGAACUACCACCUGAUCCAGCAGCUGAGCUAUUGUUAAACAAGCAAACAAAGCAAGGAAAGAAAUCAUCUAUCUUGAAAAGCUCUUUCUUGGGUUCUUUGAGUGCCAAUGGUGGUGCACAUGGGUCUCACUUGAGAAGGUUGCAUCUUCACAAUAUUAAAAUGAUGGAUAACAUAUCACUUUUUGCAUCAUUGUCAGUUUGCCCAUCUCUCGUUGAUCUCGAAGUUGUGGGUUUGGAUGUUAAUGUGAGUCCUACACUGGAGUUUGUGAGUAGACAUUGUUGCUUGAUAGAGCGUUUUGUCUUUGAUCAUUUAAAGUCAAAGGACUCCGUGGGUGGUGCUUUUCGCAUGUUAGAGCGUCAUCUCUUUGAUGAUGAAGGAGAUUUUAUAGAAAACUCGGCCUGCAAAGAGUUUGUGCUUAAUUGCCCUAAGAUAACCACUUUGGCACUGAAAGGAUGGUUUCACCGGUUGAAAUAUGUCGACUUUUCAACAUCUUGUUUCUUCUCUGGUUCCUUUUUAAAUACUCUUGGCAGCAAAGGUGAUGGAAAUAGUUUGGAGGUCAUGAUUUUACGCAACUGUUCAAGACUCAAAAAAGUGGAGGUUAAGAAGUUGAUGAAAUCUCUUCUUGCAGGAAAGUUCAGGCUCCUAAGGCAUCUUGUGUGUAUAGCAUAUAAUGAUCACUUGGAGGAUAGACAUUAUGGUGUGAGUUCCAUUCUCAUAAAGCAACUGUUGGAACAAAGGCCUAAUUUCUGUUUCGUACCUGAAUUUCCCAAACUCAAUUUGGUGAAUCAUAUGACGGAUGAUUUAAGCAGCCCUACAUCUGAUGCAUCAUCCUCCACGAGCACAUCCACAUCAUCUGAUGCAUCAUCCUCCACAUCCACUACAUCUGAUUCAUCAUCCUCCACGAGCACAUCCAGUAGCAGUUAAAUAGUGAUUUUGAGUAGCGGUAACUGGGUGAUUUGGAUCGGAUAAUAUGGUUUGGAUAUUUGGAUUGGUUUUGAUUAAACCAAAUUAUUAUUUUAGAUUUAAGAUCGAUUUUGGUUAGUAAAAUGAAAACAUAAUAGUCUAAACAAUGAAUAACGG